CUUUUUUACAAGUGUCCAUCUAUUUAUCCACAUGCCAGCCUGUAAAGAGAUUAUGGACGACAUAGAGGACAUUAUUGGUUCCAACGAAGUCACACCGUCUGAAAGAUUUAGUAACAAACAACAAGUUGUGCCGAAAGUCCGUCUCAGAAAAAAGAAGAGGAAAGAUGUCGACGAUGAAACCGGCAGCAACACCAACAGCAAUCAGUCGUCGGCGGCUGACAUCAAAACAUCAACAAAUGGGCAGGAAGAUGAAGAUGAGUUUGAUCAUAAAAGUAUCAUCCCCGGUACUCAGAAGAUCUAUGUGAAGACUUGGGGAUGUUCCCAUAACAAUUCAGAUGGGGAGUACAUGGCCGGCCAACUGGCAGCAUAUGGUUAUCAAAUAACAGGUAACUCCCAGGAAGCUGACUUAUGGCUCCUCAACAGCUGCACCGUCAAAAACCCUGCUGAGGAUCAUUUCCGCAAUGAUGUGAAACACGCCCAGCAGCAAGGCAAACAGCUGGUGGUCGCUGGGUGUGUCCCCCAGGGUCAACCCAAACUGGGCUACAUCCAUGGAGUGAGCAUCGUUGGGGUGCAGCAGAUUGACAGGGUGGUGGAGGUCGUUGAAGAAACCUUAAAAGGGCACACUGUGAGACUUUUGAAACAAAAGAAGAAAGAUGGAAAGAAGAUUGGAGGAGCAGCGUUGGAUCUUCCUAAGAUUAGAAAAAAUCCACUGAUUGAGAUUCUUGCUAUAAAUACUGGGUGUUUAAAUCAAUGCACAUACUGUAAGACAAAACAUGCUCGAGGGGAACUUGGCAGCUAUCAUCCUGAUGAACUGGUUGAGCGCGCAAAACAGUCUUUCCAAGAGGGAGUGUGUGAGAUUUGGCUGACGAGCGAGGAUACAGGAGCCUAUGGUAAAGAUAUAGGUGUAUCUAUCACAGAGCUAUUAUGGCAACUGGUUGAAGUUAUUCCAGAGGGGUGCAGGAUGCGUAUUGGAAUGACCAACCCUCCAUACAUUCUGGAGCAUCUUGAGGAGAUGUCGAAGAUCUUAAAUCACCCGCGAGUGUAUUCUUUCCUGCACGUACCCGUACAGUCAGGAUCUGACAAUGUGCUACUGGACAUGCGCAGAGAAUACAGUGUUGCAGACUUCAGAAGAGUUGUGGACUUCCUGAGGGAAAGGGUACCAGGCAUUACCAUAGCAACAGACAUCAUUUGUGGAUUUCCAACUGAAACUGAUGAGGAUUUUGAAGAAACGAUGAGACUAGUGGAGGAUUAUAAAUUCCCCUCGCUGUUUAUGAACCAGUUCUUCCCUCGGCCAGGUACCCCCGCUGCUAAGAUGCCACAAGUACCUGCACAAAUGAAAAAGGCAAGGACAAAAAAGCUGUCGAUAUUGUUCCACAGUUACCGAACGUACGACCACAAAAUUGGACAGACCCAGCAGGUCCUAGCUACAGAGGUGUCACAUGACAAGCAGUAUUACGUUGCACAUAACAAGUGCUAUGAUCAGGUGCUUGUACCAAUGAAGGAGGAAUACAUGGGUAAGAUGAUGGAAGUGACCAUUGUAGAGACGGGUAAACACUUCUUGAAAGGCGUCUUAGUGAGUGAAGCGGACGUCGUUACACCAUCGAUAGCCAAACCCCUAGAACUUGGCCAAGUAUCAGGCUUACCACAGAUCCUGCAAGAGGAGCCGGCAGAGUCUUGGCCUUGGUUACGGAUCACUCUGUUCAUUGUCGUGCUUGCUGCCGUCCUAGAUCUGGCAAGACUUCUUCUCUACUACUUCCUGUAUACUGGAGAUUGAAUCACAAACAUCCAAAACAAAGACUCUGUAUAAAGUAUCACAUUUGGGGUGGAUUUCACAAAGAGUUAGGACUAGUCUUAUCUCGAGUUAGGACCAGUUACUCGUCCUAACUUAGGACUAU